CAACACAACAACGCAUCAUCUUCCCCUUUCUUUCUUCAAGUCAUCAACCCGACGGACCAAUGAUCCCCUCGGGAUUGAGUUCCCGAGGUCCACUCUCCCCCCAAAGUGUCAGACAGGAGCGUGGACCACGCGGGUCCCCACUGACUGACCUAACCCCGGGGUGGUUGCAGGCUUGCAGCUAUUAGAGGAAAGUCUAUUUAAAGCUGAGUAGGGCUGAAGAGGAAAGGACGAGAUCAUCUGGUCGGGUCUAGAUGAAUCUGGAUCCUUUGGCCACGAGACUCCGGGGCUGGGGGCAGGCUGGGUUGGUUGAAUGAGGUCACAGGUGGAUGAUGGCUUGCUGCGUGGCUUUCCCCGCAUCUCCCCUUCCAUCUUCACAUGUACAGUGUACUGUCUCUGUCAGCCUGGACCUGGAUGAUGCUGCGGGGUACAAAGCUGAGGAUCUCACCCCCUCACACCAUGAGUCAAAAGGUACAGUACCUCCCUCAGGUGAGGGGCUACGAUCAUCGAGUGUGACUCUACGCUGCAUCACAUGGACCGGAAAAAGGAAGCCGAGGUUCGAGAUACGCCUGUUCUGGAAUACUCUUCCGAUUUUUGUUUAUCGAGAAAAACACGUAUGGACAGUCUGGAACAUUGUGCAGUCAUGAAUUUUACCCAACCCGAAAACCCACUCACAGUAUCUAAGCUAACCAAUCCGAGUCCGAAGUCGGUAAGAUCCAACACAAAUUCGUCAUUAAAUGGGGCAUGGAAGCGGUGCAAGAAGGGGGUAUACAAGAAGAAUGCAUCCAUCCAGUUGGUGGAUGAGAUGAGAGAAAAAAAAAAAAAAAAAGAAUCGCUCCAAAGUCAAGCAACCUCGUCAACCCAGGGAUGCAACUGAUGAAAAAGACAAACAAGGAAAAGCCAUUUACAGCUU